AUGUCCAAGAAAAGGGGCAGGUAUGUGUAGACAUGUAGUUUUCUGUAAUUGUUAUCAUAACAUGAACACUUGGAGAUUUUCCUCUUUCCAGACUGUCAGAGUAAGCUGCACAUAGGUAGGCUACACUUACAAACAAAUAUGAUUUGCUUAACUAUGCCACAGAAAGCGUAGUAGCGGGGAGCUGAGUGACUCCACAGUGAUGACCCCUGACCCCAACAGUCUCCUGGGAGUAAGAAUACAGCACAACUGGAGGGAGAAGGGCAACCAGAGCAAAUGGAAAGGCACCGUCCUCGACCGUCUCAGUGUCAACCCCGCACUAUUUAUGGUCAAGUAUGAUGGGUUUGACUGCGUCUACGGCAUCGAGCUAUUCAAGGACGAAAGGGUGUCUAAUCUACAGGUCCUCACAGAGAAAGUUGGUGAGUGAUGUGAUGGGUUCCUUUUUUAGUUCUGGCGUCACAUCCUCUUCUCAGAGUAAUGCAAAAACGUUGUAAUUUGGUUUGCACAAGUUAUAACAUGUUUUUAUUGUAUAUCUGAUACUGCAUGAUCAGACAGCAGGGACACAGUGGCUAUGUGAUGUUAGUCUCUGUCUUGAUGACCUUUAUCUGCUUCCACAGUCAACAACAAGAUCAAGGUUCCUCACGGGGCGGAGGAGUUGGUAGGCAAAGCGGUGGAACACCUUUUUGAGAAGGAGGAUGGAGAGAAGAAUGAGUGGCGAGGCAUGGUCCUCUCCAGGGCUCCCAUCAUGACUAACUGGUAUUACAUCACCUAUGAGAAGGACCCCGUGCUCUACAUGUACCAGCUGUGGGACGACUACGCCGAUGGAGAUCUCAGGAUCUUACCUGAAGCAGGUACUGACCAUUUCUCAGCUUCAGCAUCAUCUCCACCUGCAGAAGAGUGUUCAGAUACUUCUCCCUAAAGAAAACAGGAGGGUGAUUAUAGAGUAGAAAUUGUUUGUUCUUUAUACACUAAUUAUAAGAUGAUGGUGGCUUUAGGAGUGCUAUGGACAAUAUUUCCUGUGUUUGUUCUUACUUGUCCUAUGUGACUUAUUUAUAUAUUUGAAUACAUACAAGCAUAAGCAUGUUGGUUAAAAUAGCAUAUUUUGCUAAUGGCCCAAAGCAGAUUUGAAGAAAAGACCCUAGCAUUGACUAUUCAUUGUUUUUCUCUCUAGAAAAUAAGCACUUGCUUCCGGCCGACCGAAAGCCAGGCGAGGAGACUGAGAGCCUUGUGGGGAAGCAGGUGGAGUAUGUUACUGACAAAGGUGUGAAGCGAACAGGCCUGGUGAUCUACCAAGUCCCUGCCAAGCCUUCCGUAUACUACAUCAAAUACGACGAUGACUUUCACAUCCAUGUUUACGACCUGGUGAAGACCACCUAG